AGUCACUCGCAGCCAGCCAUAAGUGCAGAAAAUAUACAAAAGAAUCUGAAUUCCGAUCGAAAUUUCGCGAGAAUCAACAUUAUACUAUAAAAGUGUACCCGAUUAAAACGUGGAUUAGAUAUUAAACAAUACGAAUUGUUUAAUAACAGUGUUUUUCAAGUUUUCACAAACGCAAGAAAUUAACGACAGAACAAAAUGAGUGCUGGUGCUGGUGGCGGUGGUGGUAUGGGAGAGAAAAGAAAAUUGUCCACAUCGGGCGAUUCUCUGUAUCAAAUAUUGGGACUUCCUAAAACAGCUACGGCUGAUGACAUUAAGAAGACUUACAGAAAAUUAGCACUUAAAUACCAUCCAGAUAAAAAUCCAAAUAAUGCCGAUGCCGCCGAUAAAUUCAAGGAAGUGAAUCGCGCUCACUCUAUACUGAGCGAUCAGACGAAACGUAAUAUUUACGAUAAUUAUGGUUCAUUGGGUCUUUACAUUGCCGAACAAUUCGGGGAGGAGAAUGUGAAUGCCUACUUUGUGGUGACAUCACCGGCGGUGAAGGCGCUUGUUAUUUGCUGCACUAUAUUGACUGGCUGUUGCUGUUGCUGCUGCUGUUGUUGUUGCUGCAACUUCUGUUGUGGCAAAUUCAAGCCACCAGCGAACGAAUCACACGAUCAGUAUGCACACUUGAAUCGUGGCGAAGGGGAUAGAGAGCCUAGUGAUAAUUCAACAAAUAGGAUACAGGCCACAGCGCAUAAUGAGGACGCCGAUUUGGAUGAUGUCAAUUUGGGCGGCAGUUCCAAUAAUCAACAAGCCGGCGGCGCUGGUGGUCAGCAGCCAGUUUUCGCGAUGCCACCACCACCACAAGCGGCCGGCGCCACUGGCGUGAAUCCAUUCACGGGCGCACCGGUUGCCGCUGCAACAGAGAAUACAUCGCUCAAUGCUACAGAACAGCCGACAUAUACGCCAGAUAUGGUACACCAAAAAUAUUAGACGCAUUCAACAACAAAAACAAAACAAUCAGUUAUCAGAAAAUAAUUUGCGCAAAUCAAGCUUCACAUAACAGCUGACGUCCAUCAACUUUACACAUUCAAUUAGAAUACAUUUUUUGCCAAUAUUGCAUAUAAAUAACGCAAAGCUAAAAAGAACACACUCAAAAUUAAAUUUCUUAUGUUAUUAUUAAUAAAGCACAUUUUACACUUCAUUUUACAUAUGUAUACACAUGUAUGUACUUGUGUGUAAACUACCUUAAAUGUAUUGUGAUUUUCGAACUACAUGAUUUUCCUUUUAAUUUGCGAUUUUAUUUACUUACAUACAUAUAUUUAAAGUAUGAAAAAAUAUUAAUUUGUAUAAAAUAAAACCAAAUAUUUAAUGGAAACACUUAAGCGCAUAUUGAGGCAAUUAAGUGAUUAGGCUAAAGAAAUGCGUAGUAGCAUGCGUAAAUGGUGUUCGAAAAAGUAAAAAUUGUGUAAAAAUAACUUUCGAACAUAGAUUUGAUUGCAUUGUAGUUACCAUAUAUUUACAACUUUACUUUUCCAUAAUUAUACUAUUAGUUGUAGUACAGUUUUGUUUAAAUGUUUCAAAUUUGUUGCGAAAAUUGUUGUAGACACAUACAAAUAUAAAAUAUUGUAUUUUAUUUACAUGAAUAUUUGAAAAAUUUUCACAAGCAAAGUUACAUUAGAUACAAUUCAAAAUUCUUUACUUUAAAAUUUUCCAACUUCGAAUUCGAAAUUGUUACGAAUUUUUUUCGAAAUUCGAAAAUGUUUAUCAAAAGUUUUUUUAAAGCAUAAUUGCAUAACAUUGAUUUCAAAAUUCUUUACUUUGAAUUUUUCGAAAUUAGAAUUCGAAAUAGUUACAUACCAUUUUUCGAAAAUCGUAAAUUUUUGAAAUACAGUUUUCUGCAGUUUUUUAAAGCAAUAAUUGCAUUCAAUUAAUGUACUUUAAAAUUUUCGAAAUUCGAAUUCGAAAUUGUUAAGUAAAAUUUUUCGAAGUUCGAAAUUUGCAAACUAAAUUUUUUUUUAUCUUACUUUUAUAUUUAAUGUUAUUUUCAUUACAAUAAAAAAUAUUUAUGUAAAAAAUUGCAAUUAUUAAAUAUACACAAACCUCAAUAUAUAUAAAGCAAAGGACAAUGCGUUGUGCGCUACUUUUUUUCUAUUUAAUCACAUAUCAAUAUAUAUAUUUUUUCUCAUAUGUAUGUAAUUUAGUAACAUUUUGUGUGUCAAUUUUACGCAAUUCGCUUUAUGUAGUUGGAAAAAAAGAAUUUUACAAAAUUAUUAUAUGCAAAGUAUUAAAAUUUAAUUUAAUUAAAAAAUAUUACUUAGUGCAGCAUUUUUAAAAUUGAGCUAUAAAAUUUAAAAUAUUGUAGUAAAAAGCCAUAUUUAAGCUUUGAAAGAGACUUUAUUUAAAAUUAUUUAACCAUUUUUCUCAAACCAAAAAAUAAAUAAAAAUAAAAAAUAAAUACAAGAAACAAAAAACACAGUAAUUUUAAUUUUUAAGUACUUUAAAAAGCUGAAUUUUAUUUAAGUGUGUAUUCAUAUUUUGAAUUUAAUUUUUAAUGCAAAACAAAUCUAUUUAAAUAGUUUCAUUUUAAACAAUUUCAAAUUAAAAAUUAAAAAAAACACAAUUUUUUGAAAUAUUUUCAUUUUAAAGGUUUUUAAAUUAACCAAAAAGCCAUUAUUUUAAAUAAUUCUGUUUAUAUUUAAAUUUUUUUGUUUUGUUUUUCAAAGUAAAACAUUCUUUUUAUUAUCCAUUUUAUAUGUAUUUUAUUGUAUCCUUCCAUACAGUCCAUUUUUUAUUAUACACAACAAAAAAAUAUUGUAUAUUGUAAUGUUUAUUAAAUUUAUGUUUCCUAAAAUAUAUUAUUUUCAACAUUUUUCAUAAAAUUAUUAAAGUUGGGGUAGUAAACAAAUUUUUAAUUAAUUUUCUCAAAAUAAUAUUAGUAUAUGCAGUGUCAAAAAUUAUUGAGUGGCAGAAAAUUUAAAUUUUUAAAUUCAAAAAGAUUUGAAAACUUGAAAAAUUUUAAUUCGAAAACAAUUUUGAAAAUUUAUAAAAUUUGAAUUCGAAAUAAAUUUGAAAUUUGAAAAAAUUUUAAUUCUAAAAAAAUUUUGAAAAUUAAAAAAAAUUGAAAUUUGGAAAAAAUUUUAAUUCGAAAACAAUUUCGAAAAUUCAUAAAAUUUUAAUUCGAAAUAAAUUUGAAAUUUGAAAAAAUUUUAAUUCCAAAAAAAAUUUGAAAACUGAAAAAAGGUAUUUUUUUAUUUUUUGCAAAAUUUCAAUUACAUUCGAAAACAAAUAUUUCAAAAGUUUAAAAACUAGAAAUAAUUUUUUAAAAAUUAAUUUUAAAAUUAAAAUUAAAUUAAAUUAAAAAAUGUUAAAAAUAUUUGAAAUUGGUAAAAUGUCGGUUUAUUUUUAAAACAGAAUUGUGGGAAAUAAAAUUCAAUAUAAAGUUAAAGAGUCCAAAAACGAAAAUAUUGGAAAUUUUAUUACAAAAAAAACUAAACUUAAAAAACUCUACAUUGGUCUCCAAAGCAACACUUAACUGUUUCAGAUCUUAAAGCGAAAAUCGUGAGAAAUUUUAUGAAUGGGUCUUCAAAACCGACACUUUCUGACGCUGUAAACUAACCUAAUUGUAUUGUAUAUAAAAGUACAGUAAUUAAAUAUGUAUACAAAAACAAAGAAUACAACAAAUAAAUAUAAUUAAAAAAUUUGCAAACAAUAGUUUAUAAUAAACAACUUUAAUAUGAAACAGAAAAUUAAUUAACUACUUUAGAAAGCAAAUUAAGAA